UGCACGUCUGUUCAACAUCACCCGCCGUCCUCAGACUGGAUUCGUCGUACGAGUCGCAGGAGCCGCUGAAGGCUUCGGCGUCAAGCCAUUUUCACAACAUCUCUCACCAUGUCGUCUGAACAUGACUAUACCGCCCCGCGCUCUCCUCUGCCUCCACCACCUCCUCCCCCGGCACCCGUUUCUCCUCGACUGCCAGUGCCAGGACAAACUCCCCUCAGGCGCAUCGCUGUGCAACCUCCUCUGAUCACCACGGCCCUGGCACCGCCUCAAGGAGUGUACCUGCAUGCGCAGACUCCUUUGUCCGCGACGUCUUUAAGCGUGCCCUUUUCGCCGUACGCUCCGUCACCAUCGACCUAUGCCGCCUCUCCUGUCUCCUCACCGAUGGCAAUGAGGAAUUCCUCCUCUGUGCCCUACAAUCCUCAACAAUGGGGGCGCCAUGGACCGGUCGGAGGAGCAUACCUGCCUCAUUCGACCGCACAAACGCCAACAGUCACGAGUCGGCCGCGUGAAGUGACUGGAAUGGAGGCAUCGAUGCCCUCCCCUCCCCCACCAUAUUCGCCCGGCCAAAAUCAGAACCUGUCGCAAGCGGUCAAUUCCUCUCCUCAUAUGUCUGGCAACUCCUUCGCGCCUCCUCAGAAUCCCCCAACGAGUGCUCAACCGUCGGAAUAUGUGCCUUCCGCACAAUCGCGACCUGUCUCAGGUUUCGAUUACAGUCGACCUUCGUCUAUGCUCGUGCCCACAAGUGCAACCAGUGUGACUUCGAAUCCUCAAUUUCCCCCUCCACCACCCAGAAACGGAAAGGAACGGUCGGUUUCGCGUGACAAAUCUCAUUCUAAGUUUAGCCUCUCGGCCUUUAGGAACAGAGGAUCUGACCACAGUCCUGGCCCAAGUGCCAUUGAGUCGUUGCGGAUCAACACAUCAGAAGCCCUUUCACGUCCGCCUGGAUCCCCUGGCCCACGGGCUUCUCAAACAUUUCUGUCAAGUGCCUUCCCAGAGCGCCGAUGGAGUCCAGAAUCUCAAUCCCCCAUUAGGCCACCUGCUUCGCGGCGAGCUGCAUCGGCUGGCGCACUUAGUCUUGCGGCAGACGCUAGAACCCCGAUAGAGAACUCUCCGGCUCCCCUUCAAGGAAACUGGGCUCAAGCUUUGCCAUUACCUCCACCACCACCCGGACCUCCUCCAAGUAGCUCUAGAUCACAGAGUCUAGGACCUUCGUCAGAGUCAUACGCAAACCGGCAACGUAUAUUACCUUCUGCUCCUCCAACUCGAAGACCCGGUCUGGGUACAUUAACUCCAAUCCCACCCACACCAGUAGGUUGGCAAGAAGAUCAAGCACAAAGCCGCUCAAGGUCUCCAGCCGCUAGGGGCUUGCAAAUAGAUACUAGUCCUCAGGCGAUUCGUUCGGGACUUCCUCCAGCGCAGACCUCUGAGAGCGAAAAUGUCUCAAUUUCCUCAGGCCCUACAGCAUCCACCUCCAACUCGACCAGCACGCUCUACCGUAGUCCACCGAAACGAGAUCCGAGCAGUCGAGGCAUUCGUGAACGCCGAAGCGAAAGCCGCGCGGCCCGUGAACGUGUGGAGCCGAAUAAUAAUCCUUGGGCACAAGACAUGGAGGCGGCCUCAGCGAAACCUACCGAUCUCAAUCUCGUGCUUCCAGGAACCCCCGAUGCGUCCUUGAGUCGUCGUGGUGCCGUUACUAAGAGUACUCCGCGCAGUGGUGGUAUUCGAUCACCACGGAAUUCCCAGUCGUUGGAAGAACCUGGAUCAUCGAAUUCGACUCCUCGAGUAGACUCUGCCCGGAGAGCCAUAUCUGGCGCAUUUGCACCUACACCACCAUUCUCGCCAGGUACGGAUAGUUUUGAUCAUCGUCUCGUCCGAAAAGCUCCAGCAGCAAUCCCCCCUAAAGCUCUUCCCACACCUCCUCUCCACUACUUUGGCGAUGAGCACGCAAUUAGCCUGACAAACACAUCAGAGCACGUCAACCGAUCUACGUCUCAAACAUCCUGUGCUUCGGACUCUAGACCCGAGGAGUCAUCAGCCAGCACUCCCAGACCUACUGCCCGCGACAGCUUUGCACAAGCAUCAAUAGAACGCCAUCGCCGGUUCAUUGAGAAAGAGAUCGCUGCUCAGACAGAUCAAGACAGACUGGAGCUCUUUGCCGAAUUCAUUGUUGCUGAAUCGAGACUUCGACGGGAUCGCUAUUCGGCUGCUUUUGAUACCAUGGCGUGCGAUAUCCUAGAUCUAACUCGAGAUUUGUGGCGAUCAUACAACAGUAGUACCGGCCGCAGAUCAGCAACGCCGAGUGCACAGAGCGUUUCUGUGCCAAGUGGAAGGAGAUCACAGGCAUCUACGGUUGGAGAGUCACCAGAUACACGAUUUUCUAAUUCUAUGCCCACAACAGCCGCCAGCCCUGCCUCAUCAGUCACAAACUUCACUCCACACACCGAACCGAACUCACCUUCUAGUGCAACAAGCCAACGAGGCCGUGAGCAGGCGUGGAACAACAACUACCAGCCUUGUCUCUCUCCAAUUCCGAGCAUGGCCAUGAGUACAGUGCCUGACGAAGAUUCUCGUGGUAGGUCUGCAAGUCGCUGGUGGGAGGCGAGUACAGAUCGAGCGUCAUCUGGCCAUGGCAGCAGGAGGUUAGCGAGGAGCAAGAGGGAGUCGAAGUACAUGGGUCUUCCAAAAGAGGCACGGGAAAGUCUCCAGUGGGAGGAUCAAGCUUCACCGGCAUACCCAACAGGUUCGAGCAACCAACAAACCUACGGGCCGAACGAAUAUCCGCCGGAGAAGGUUGGAACUGACGAGGAAGGACAACGAUCUUCAUCACAAUCCUACCAAUACUACCCCAGCUCUGUUCCAGCAACGCCAGAUCCGCAUAAACAGGAUGUUUCUAGGCUCGUCACGCUCCCGCCUCCAUACCCACGACAUCAUCCUGCGGUCAACAACAACCACCCCGAUCUUGCAUCCAUUCGAAACAACUUACGAACACUAUCCGAACUUGAGGAGGUUAAGAUAACUAAGGAAGGCUUUAACGAGAAGACAGGGACGCGUAGGGAACAAGAAAGCACGUCGCUAGCAGAUCGAAGAAAAGAGCUUCACUACAACAUCCAGGGCAAUGUUCGAAAUGGCAUCAUGAGUUUUGCAGAUGCGGCUAAAGCGGAGGCAGAUUUCGAAGCCCUCGAGAACAAGCGUGCUCAGGAUCUUGUACAGAACAUAUUUGACACAUUUCAGACAGAGGUUGCCAAUCCGCUUCACGCACUCUUCUGCGAACGUAUCACAAAGGUGACAGCAUCGAUGGACUAUCUAAAAGUACGCUUGUCCAACGACGCACAAGUUUCCAAUCCGAACCAAACCCAGGAAGAGGGCGACGAACAGCCAGAGUUGCUAGAGAUGUUGACAUUACUCAAAUGGCUAUUCGAGGCACGUGAGCAGCUCUACAAAGAAAUGUUCGAACUCGAAGAUGAACGCAACGACUUGUACAGGGAUAUCAUCGUAUUGCCGUACAUCCAGACCAAAAACGAGCAGAAAGUCAAGGAAGCGACCGCCUUCUUCCAACGCGACGCACAAGACCGAAAAGUUGUGUUCGAAAAGGAGAUCUUAAAGAGAUACGAAGACCUGAUGAAUGUCAUCGAGGCGAACGUGACAAGAGGUGUCGAGGCUCAGCUUUCAGCCUUUUGGGACAUUGCCCCCGGCCUUCUCACCAUCGUCCAGAAGGUACCCCAACGGUUGAAUGGCUUUGAUAUCCUGAUCCCACCCCAGGAGUACGAGGAGAACCCGGCCUACCACGACUUUCCGAUGCAAUAUCUCUACUCACUGCUCGCGCAUGCGGGCCGAUCAGCAUACCAGUUCAUCGAAUCUCAGAUAAACCUUCUCUGCCUCCUGCACGAGGUGAAGACGGGGGUCAUGACGGCCGGCUCCCGCCUCCUUGAAACGCAGCGCAUCCUCGAAGGAGAAGACGGGUCCAGCGUAGAUAACGAGAUGCGAGCAAUCCGCCAAGACGAAGAAGCUAGAUUGACAGACGACCUGAAGGACAAAGUGGGCUUGGUGGAGAGCCAGUGGGGUGAGGCUCUCGGCAAGGGCCUGGAAGACUGUAAGACAAGAGUCGAGGUGUUCCUGGUGCACCAGGACGGGUGGGAUGACAGUCUGAAGGAAUGAAUGAUUUGUGACGAUUUCUUGUGUCGUUUGCAUCUAUUGUAGCACAGAUACCCAUUCUUAAUCUCUGUUGGAUGAACGUUGGGACAUUUGGUUGGGUGUUUGGGCCAAAUGCAGUUUUGUAGAUGAAAAUGCCAAAUGUG